GCGCCUGCUGAGAGCUGCGGGCCGCCUGCUGGCCGCCCAGUGCCGCGGGCAUGGCCAACAGGACCAACGCGUCUGCUCCGUCCAGUGGCUAUGAAUACUACUUAGACUACCUGGACCUCAUUCCCGUGGAUGAGAAGAGGCUGAGAGCCAACAAACAUUCCAUCGUCAUCGCCUUUUGGGUGAGCCUGGCUGCCUUCGUGGUGCUCCUCUUCCUCAUCCUGCUCUUCAUGUCCUGGUCAGGCUCCCUGCCCGUGAGGACCAGUCUGCAGUCCCGCCACGCAUGCCCGUGGAGCUUCAGCCUCCACCUCCCCUCCUGGUUGCGGAAGGCCCGCCAAGGGCAGGGUGGGGGAGCCAGGGAGCAGAGCUGGAGCUGACGGAGACUGUAGCGAAGCCACUGGACCCUCUCCUGCCAUCACCACCACCACCACCACCACCACCAC